UCAGUCCAAGUCUUCUCUUGUUUUCUUGAUACAUCCACAAGAAAACAGGAUUUCAGGUUCUGGACCAGGGUCAUGGUUCACAAGACAAAAUCAGCUCUAAGGUCCUACGAACUGGGUGACAUUUCAUUGUUGUGUGUUUCUCCUAAAAAAUUACCCAAGGUUUAUUCCCGUGCUUCCAUUCAUGAACAACACAAGUUAAAAAGGAAAAUGGUCAAGAAGUCUCUUGUUGCUGGGCUGGUGGUCUUGCUUGUGGCUGCUGUGGGUUUCUUCAUGGUUGUCUUUUUGGGGAUUGGGAAUAAAAGACUCACUGUCUCCUCAGAUAAUUUCUACUCUAAAGCAGCCGUGGCAGCAGAUGCUGGGAAGUGUUCGGAGGUUGGAAGGGACAUCUUGAAACGGAACGGUUCUGCAGUUGAUGCCUCUAUUUCUGCUCUGUUGUGUGUUGGGCUGUUCAACGCACACAGCAUGGGCAUCGGAGGAGGGGUGUUUUUCACCAUAUAUGAUGCAUCAACAGGAAUAGUGGAGACAAUUGAUGCCAGGGAAACUGCUCCAAUGAAUGCUACAGAGGACAUGUUUGGCAAUAAUACCCAGCUGUCAAGGAAAGGGGGGUUGUCUAUCGCCAUACCAGGAGAAAUUCGGGGUUACGAGAUGGCACACAAAAGGCAUGGUAGACUGUCAUGGAGGGAACUGUUUGAGCCUAGUAUUGAAUUGGCACGCAACGGUUUCCCAAUCGGCAGGGCCUUGGCCAACGCCAUCGCAAAAAACAAGGAAUCUAUUCUGAGUGAUGAGGCGAUGUGUGAAGUGUUUUGUGACUCGGACAAAAACCUCCUGAAGGAAAAUGAUAUUAUUCGAUUUCCCAGACUCGCUGACACUUACGAGACUAUAGCAGAAGAGGGGCCGGAUGUUUUUUACAACGGGUCUAUGGCCCAGAUUAUAGUGGAUGAUAUCCAGGCUGCAGGAGGGAUUAUAACACUUGAGGACCUAAUGGAAUAUAAGCCAGUGUUGAAUGAGAGCCCGCUGAAGUUAAAUGUGGGGGAGUACACCAUACAUGUUCCUGAUGCUCCAUCCAGUGGACCUGUGCUUGCACUGAUACUCAACAUAGUGGAUGGUUACAACUUCUCAGACAGCAGUGUGUCCACAGCAGAGGAAAAGACUUUGACAUAUCAUCGCAUCGUAGAGGCAUUCCGCUUUGCUUAUGCCAAAAGGAGUAAACUGGGAGACCCACGUUACCUCAACAUCACCGACCUCAUCCACAACAUGACCUCAGACUACUUUGCAGACAACAUCAGGAGUAAAAUAACAGAUGACACCACUCACCCAGACAGCUACUACGAUCCUGAGUACUUUGUACCCGAUGACCACGGGACAGCUCACCUGUCAGUUAUCGCAGAGGAUGGGAGUGCGGUGGCAGCAACAAGCACCAUCAACUUAUAUUUUGGAUCUAAGGUGAUGUCACAUUCAACUGGCAUUAUCUUUAAUGACGAGAUGGACGAUUUCAGCUCUCCUUAUAUUACAAAUGGAUUUGGGGUUCCCCCUUCACCCAACAACUUCAUUCAGCCAGGUAAAAGACCACUUUCAUCAAUGUGUCCCACAAUAAUAUUUGACAAACACAACAGAGUCAAAAUGGUGGUCGGGGCCUCAGGUGGGACGAAAAUCACUACUGCAACUGCUCUGGUAAUCCUGAACUCCUUAUUUUUUAACUACAAUCUGAAGAAAGCUGUUACAGAGCCCAGAGUUCACAAUCAGCUCAACCCAAACAUGACAGUUGUGGAACAGAACUUUGAGCAGAGUGUUCUGGAUGGCUUGGUUCAGAAGAAUCACAUUACAGAAUGGCUGAGGACUCCAGGAGCAGUAGUCCAGGCAGUUGUGCGACAGGGGGACAAAAUCUGUGCUGAAUGUGACCCCAGAAAAGGCGGCUAUCCUGCAGGAUACUGACUGCCCUGCUCCCUUUCUCUCUUCUCUGUGUUUGUGGACCUUCAGUCAACAGACUGCAUUGGUGACUCAGUCAAAAUCCAGGAACAACAUAUAUGCAUACUGAAAAGCAACACACCUUAUGCCCAACAAUCAACGCGGAUCACAAUGCACAAGGAUGCACAAAGACUCCUUGUAUUUAUUAAUUUAUUCAUUGUGUUAUUUUCUUUUUGAUGGGAAAUGAUUGUUCAUAUUGGGAUCAACAGUGCUUUUCUAACUGAAUACCCCAGUGUCUGAUUUUACCAACCUUAUUUAUUCCCUUGCUUGUAUAGAAAAGAACUGAGAUUGAUCAUUUGUAUGGUCCUACUUUUAUUCCAUUGAAUGGGUUCUUUGUUGCAUAAUGGAGUUCGAUUGGUUGAUGGACAUGAGGUUAUUUGUUGAAAGCAGUCACGCACUCUUGCACAGCUCCAAAUUGUUGCCAGUAGCAGAAAAAGAAGAAUUACCAAAAAAAUAUCACAGCAAUAAGUCGAGGAAAUAAAUAUGAAAUUAAAAAUACACAUAAAAAUAAGGAGUUUUUUUAUGUAAAUCAUGCAUUAUUAUUAUUAUUAUUAUUAUUAUUAUUUUAUUUUUUAUUUUUAGGUAUUGUUUAGCCUGCAUUUUUUUAUGGGUAAAUAUUCACUGGAAUAAGACAAAGCUUAAAUGUGUGGGAAAUGCUAUUAUAUUGCUAUCUAGAAGGUGAACGUUUCACUGAUAUUAGUAUAUAAAAUGUAAAUUAAUAAAUAACUGUAUGCGACUUCAUUGCUCUUUAAAGAAAUAUUCCGUGUUCAAUACAAGUUCAGCUCAAUCGACAGCAUUUGUGGCAUAAUGUUGAUUACAACAAAUAUUUAUUUCGACUCGCCCCUCCUUAUCUUUAAAAAAAGCAAACAUUUCUGUUACAGUGAGGCACUUACAAUGGAAGUGAAUGUGGCAAACAUUUUGAGGGUUUAAACACAGAAAUGUGAAGCUUAUAAUUUUAUAAAAGCACUUACAUGAAUUCUUCUGUUUAAACUCGUGUAUUAUUUGAGCUGUAAAGGUGUUUAAAACUCAUUUUUACAGUCAUUUUAGGGUUUUGGGUUUGUUGACAUUACAUGGUCAUUGUAAUGUAAUUGUAAAAUUGGCUUUAACUUUACACAGAUAAGGUUAGUAAGUGAUUUUAUAACACAUGUUUAUAUGCAUAUCCUUUAUGUCUUCUGGCUAAACUUGUGUAUUUUAAUGUUCAAAAAUUUGCCCCAUUCACUUCCAUUGUAAGUGCCUCAGUGUAACCUCAAUUUAGCUUUUUUUAAGACAAGGAGGGACGAGUCAAAAUAAAAUGUUGUGGUAAUCAACAUUAUGCCACAAAUGUUGUCAACUGAGCUGAACUUGUAUGAACUUGUAAACCAAAAUAUUCCUUUAAGGAAUAAACAGCAUAUAUAUUACAUAAUAACAAUUAUGAUUGACACCAGAGCCAUUCAUAAGAACAAUUCUGGGCUUACAGCAUCCAGACACAUCAUAUUACCUCUGCUAGACACCAUUACCCACUGUUGCUGUCAUCUUCCAAAGAACAGCAUUAGAGUAACAGCAAUGGCUUGCAUAAUGUGAAAUGCUUAACAACAGUAACUGUGAAUAACAGUAACAAUUAUUCUGUUUUGUGUAAAUGACUAGUGUAAGUAAACAGAUGCAAGCUCCUAGGGCAGAAAAAACAUUAUUUAUCACUUCUGAAUGUUUUAAAUAGUUAUCAUGGCUACCUUUUUUCAAUUAUCAAACGUAUCUUCAAAGCAUCACAAUCUAAAACAUUGCUGAAUGUUACCCAGGGCCCACACAGGUUUUCAGAGUAGAUAAAUCUGUUUUAAAGCUAAAUAAUUAUGUAAUGUUAGUCAUUUUAUGUCCUGAUAAAUUUGAAGGCUAUCACUGGACUGUGAUUUGACAUGUUGAUUUGACAUGCUUUCCACCUAAUUAUACAAACUGCAAUAUCAUUAGCUGCUGUGUAAUGUACAGAUCAAUGAAAUGAACAAAUGAAUACUAUUUCAUGAAGCUGCAGAUGUAAUUCUAGACUUGUAAAUGUUUAGCAUAUUGUGAUUCUGGUAGUAAAUGUAUAGGGCAUUUUGAGAGAUACAUUUGCCUUGGCUGUUUCUAUGCUAUUAAUUCAACUGUUUUUGGAACAAAUGGCUGUGUGCCAAUUUUUAUACUGUAGAAGUUGUUUGCAAAAAGAUUCAAAUGGCAAUUUAUCAAACAUUACCAUUGGAAUAAUCGGGUCAGAAGCCAAACAUGUUUUGGGGUCAUAGUUGAAUAAUCACAGUAAUGUACUUUUUAAAUAAAUAUUUUGC